AUGGCAUACACGGCGGUGAACUUGGUGCUGGGGAAGCUGGGCGAGCUUGCUGCCAGCGAGGUCUCAGGCCUCCUCAACGUGGACACAGAGGUCAAGUCGUUGACGGAAACACUGGCAUUGAUUCAAUCCUUUCUCAGGGAUGCCGAUCAGAAGCCCAGAUACGAGCAAAGCCACUCUUCGCAGGAGUGGAUGAGGCAGAUCCGGAACUUGGCGUUCGAGAUGGAGGACCUGGUAGACGACUACGCGACCCGGCUAGGCCGCGCUUCAGACGACGGCGGCCGUAAGAACCGUCUCCGACGCAUCGCCGCCUUCCCCUCCAGGAUCCGCACUCGCCAUCGGCUCGCGAGCCACCUGCAAGACAUCCAUGCCAGAUUUCAAGAUGUAUGCAAACAAGCGUCGCAACUUGGCAUCCAAGGCUCGUCCUCCUUGCCCACCUCCUCCUCCUCAUCUUCCUCUGCAGCCAACGCAACGCUUGCUCGAAGAUUUGAACUAGAAGAAGACAUAGUCGGUUUUGAUGAGGAUAUGAAAGACAUCAAAAGGCGACUGUUUGACAUUAGUUUAACAGCUCGCGUUGUCCUUUCGGUUGUUGGUCCUGGUGGUUUGGGCAAAACAACGCUGGCAAAUAAGAUCUACAAGAGUGCAGAUGUCAAAAACUAUUUCCACUGCAAGGCAUGGGUAUUCGUGUCACAGAAGUAUGAGGUUAAAGAACUCUUGUGCAGCAUUGUGAAGCAAGUGUUCGACUUCAAGGAUGGGCAAGAAAAAGGUAUGGAAGAACUAGAGAUGAAGGAAAAGUUGUCGGAGCAGUUGCGCGACAGAAGGUAUCUAGUCGUGAUGGAUGAUAUUUGGGAGGUGGCAGCUUGGAACGCCAUUAAAGCAGCUUUCCCAAAAGAAUCGGCAGGAUCCAGAGUGUUGCUGACCACACGCAAGAUGAAUGUUGCAAACGUUGCAGAUGUUCCUCCACACGAGCUGAAAUUUUGGAAUGCCGAAGAGAGCUGGAAUUUGUUCUGCAGGAAAGCUUUCCGCACAACAUCCUGCCCACCUGAGUUUGAGCGAUUCAAGAAAGAUAUCUUCAGAAAAUCUAAAGGACUGCCUCUUGCCAUUGUGGUACUCGGAGGACUUUUGAGAGGUACAAGUCAAGCUAGUGACUGGAGGAAAAAGCUGGAAUAUAUUUCUUAUGAAUUCAGAGAAGGAGAAGACCAAAUCCAAAGAAUAUUAGCUCUCAGUUACCAUGAUCUCCCGCAUCAUUUGAAGCCUUGCUUCCUCUAUUUUGCAGCCUUUCCCGAGGACUAUAUCAUUAGUUCUGACAGGAUAACACGUUUAUGGAUCGCUGAGGGUUUCAUACAAACGAAGGACAAAGUGGAUCAAACCAUGGAGGACCUCGCGGAGGCAUAUUUGAAUGAUUUGACCGACAGGUCCAUGUUACAAAUGGAAAGAAAGGAUCAGAAUUAUACACAGGAUGUUUGGAUUCAUGAUCUUCUUCUUGAUCUAGCACGUCAUGAAGCUCGUGAGCUAAACUUCUUCCGGUCCAUUGAUGACAUAGGUGACGAUCCAAGAGCUUUACGGCGUCUCAGUGUCAACGACCAUAUCUCAUUGAACUGUUCUACAACUAAACUACGGUCACUCGUAAUUUAUCCGAAUGAAGGUUUUCAGAGAACGCUGGCAGUUACCAUCCCUGGAGCGAAGUUCCUCAGGGUUUUGGAUUUGCAGGAACUACCCAUUGAACACUUUCCAAAGGAGAUUGGGGAUUUGAUCCUGUUAAGGUAUCUAAAUUUGAGGAAGUCAAAAUUGAAGGAGUUGCCUUCGUCUAUUGGAAAUCUCAUCCACUUGCAGACUUUCGAUAUACAAUUUACUAAGAUUCAACAUUUGCCGGAUGCAUUUUGGAAAAUCCGAACAUUGAGACAUGUAUUCCUCAAUAAAGAAAAUACAAGCAUGCCUAAAGCAACAUACUGCUCGGAAGACAUUCAGACACUUGCGAAUAUUUCAAGUGGUCCAUGGGUAUGUGAUGGUGUACUGGAGCAGCUGAGAAAUCUUCGAAGAUUGCUAUUGAAAAACAUGUCAAGCUCUGAUGUGGAUGCUUUAGCCAAUGCCGUCCGGAAUCUCUCCUGACUCGAGAUGUUGGUAUUGUUUGGAGAAUUGUUGCCGAAGAGCGUCCUAACUUCAUCUUGC